GCAAACAAUACACGAAGCAUGAACCAUGUAUACAUGAAGCAUGAGACAUGCUCAGUAUAUUCUCGUCUCGGUGAUGAAAACAGGAUAGAUUCCUACUAAAUAUAGGUUUUUGUAUAUGCUACGGAGGAAUCCUUUCGAGAGUUGGCCUUUUGGUGCAGCACUUGUACGGGAAUCACGAAAUCCCGGCAGAAGAACUCUCAUAUCUCAUAUCCUCAUGCAUCAUUCACUCGCUUCCACUUGACGGACUUGACCGGUGAUAACGCUCGAAGUAAUGGACCCUGCAUGUCAAAAUUUCGACUUAAACACAAAAUACUUAGUCAGUCAGUUGAACAUCGCCAGGAGGGAGAUAAACAAUUUGAGGCAGCAGAUAAUAAGACUUAGACACAUCUAUAAGAAGGAUGUGGAUGCUAUAAAGCAACUUCUAGAAUCAUAUAAAAAUGGAUCAUCUGUAGCAAAAGUUAAAGGUCCAGAUGAUGUGAAACCUAGCACAAGUACAGAUGACGAUACUAUAAAAUUAAAAUCUAUUGGUGUGAUAUCUACUUGGUUUUCAAGUAAGCGAGGCACACCUAGGCAGACAGGAGUAUGUGGCGAGAUGCCAGGAAAGUUACUGCUAUAUAAUUCUGUACUUACUAAUCCUGAUCAUGCACUUGAAGGAUUACAAGAUUUUUCACAUAUGUGGGUCCUGUUCUAUUUUCAUAGAAACGAUUCUACACACGUCCGCGCGAAAGUUGCACCACCCAGAUUAAACGGUACGAAGACCGGGGUAUUUUCCACCCGUUCCCCACAUCGUCCGUGUCCAAUCGGUUUGAGUUUAGUCAAGAUCACGAGCAUAGAGAAUCACACGAUUUACUUCGAAGGCGUGGACAUGGUCGAUCAGACACCUGUGCUAGAUAUAAAACCAUAUAUACCGAAGUACGACAGCCCAUUGUUUUUCGAGAAACUGCGAGACAGAUCGCAAGAGUCGAAUUUAGACGUCGCGUUCGAGUGUAUCGAAGAAACUGGCAGGAAUCAAACAUUUAGUGGGAACGUCAGCGGAGAUGAGUCGAGGAGUCUGCUUACAGAAUCUUAUUACAAGAAAACAAGCAGCAAGACGAGUCAAGAGACGGACGUCUCUAGAGACGAAGAAAUCGCUCUCAGGCUUCAAGCCGAAGAGUUCCAAAGGAAUUCCAACUUUGACAGCUUCGCCGGUAUCAGACAUUUCCCUGAACUGAACGAUGUUAACUCGCACAAUAACGCGUCACAGCACAACGUAGAUGUAUCGAAUGUGCACAGAGCGCCUCAUAUAUUUUCCGAUACUUCGGUUGAGACGAGAUCGAAUCUCACGGUAACUACGACAGGGCACAACGUACUGCCGGCGUCUCAUUUAGAACGGCAACCCGAAAGUUUAUCAGAUAUUAACCAUAGAUUACAAAACAUUAGCGUAACUCGCAGCAACGUUGAAGCGACGUAUGGAUCAAGAAACGUGAGUUCCAAUUACACGGAAACCCAUGCUUCUCGCUCCAGAUUGCUCGACGGAGCCGAUGGACCAAAUACCGUAUGCGGUACCGAUAUAGAUUUAAUUCAUAGAAGAUCGUUGAGCUCGAGGGUAGACAAUUCUCCAAUUAGAAUGGGCGUGCGAGAAGCUCCCGAUGGGGAGGAGGGAUUGGAACCGCAGAUACUUACUCCCUCACAGGCUUUACCGAAUCAAGUGAUAAGAACUACGUCGAACAACAGCUUCCCUGAUAGCACGGGGGAUACUGGUCCCGUGUUUACUCCCGAGCCGAGGAACGUGGAGAACAGAGAGACGGAAGUAAACGCUUCCACAGAAGUGAGGAUCCCGGACUGGAUAUCAAGACCUCGAACGCCUCUCUGUGUGGAAUUCAAUGAACGCGCUCGGAUUCAGUUAAACGAAAUUCUAGAGACUAAGAUAAACGACCAGAAGGUAGCAAUUGAGCAUGUGCUUCGCGAAGAUCCUAGAUCGGUGUAUCUGCGGCAACGUUGGGGUAGUCAAUUUUAUACUUUCUUAAUACACGAUCUACAUAUCACCUGUAGAUUUGAUGAUAACAAUGGCAUGGUCACAGUGUUUCAAGUCAGACACGCCGGCCGCAUUUGCGAAUGUGGUGAACCGGAGUGGCAGUGUCUAGGUCACUCACCACCUCCACCUUAAACAUUCUAUUGUGUGUACACGUGUAUGUUGCAUUAUAUUUUUCAAUUGACAUUACUGAUAAACUUAAUUUAUACGUUCAUAGAAAUCUUCCAUUGUCAUGAAAUUUUGGAAAAUACUAUUUGAAAUUUUAUCUACAGAUUAUGGGAUAUUUACUGUUCAUUUAAUAUCGAUGAUAUAGAAUAUACAAUAUCUCGUAACUUGUAAGUAUUAAAUUCCUUUGCAAUUUACAAUUUACAAUUGAAUCUGCUACCCUAUCAAGUGCAAUAUAGUCUCAACUAAUAUAUGGUCAAGAAAAAUUUA